AUGAGUAACCGUAAAUUACAACAGGAAUUCGAUAAAACGAAUAAGAAAAUCGCCGAAGGGUUAUCACUCUUCGAUGAUGUAUAUGAGAAAGCAUUAACCACAGAAUUAAGUUCUCAAAGAGAUAAAUUCGAAGGAGAUUUAAAGAAAGAAAUCAAGAAGUUACAAAGACUUCGAGAUCAAUUGAAACAAUGGUUAAGUGAUACUUCGAUCAAAUUAGAUAAGAAUUUAUUACUGGAGAACCGUGGGAAAAUUGAAAAUGCCAUGGAUCGAUUCAAAGACUUGGAAAAAAUCUCCAAAAUCAAGCAAUUUUCUAAUGAAGGUUUAGAAUUGAGCAGUAAGAAGAAAUUACCUAGAUUUGGUGAUGCCAAUGAAGAAAAGAAAGAAGAAGCUUUCAACUAUAUUAGUGAUAUAAGAGAUCAGUUGGCUUCUCAGAGUGAAUUAUUGGAAUCAGAUGUUCAUCAUUAUACUACACAAUUAAAGAAGGCUAAAGCUUCGAAUAGUUAUACCUUGACUAAUCAAAUUGAAGAUGCCAAAGCUAAAAUUGAAAGAAACGUUUUCCAUUUAACACAAUUGGAAAAGAUUUUAAGAAGUUUAGAGAACGAAGAAUUGAAACCUGAAGAGGUUGAUAAGAUUAAAGAUGAUUUAGAAUAUUAUGUUGAGAAUAAUCAAGAAGAUGAAGAAGGAGUGUAUGAUGAUUUUUACGAUGUAUUGGAUCUUAGAGAUGACCUUGAUGUUCAUGGAAGCUUAGCCAGAGAAAAGGAGGAACAAGAUCGUAAAGAUGCUGAACAAGCAGAAUUAGAAGCUCAAGAAAAAGCUGAGAAAGAAAAGCUCGCCAAAGAGAAAGAAGAAGCCGAAAAGGCUGAAAAGGAAAGAUUAGAAAAGGAAAGACUUGCUAAAGAAAAAGAAGAAAAGGAAAAGAAAAGAAAAGUAUCGACAGCUAAAACUGUUGAAAUCCCAAAUGCUUAUGCUAGUGGAACAACUAUAGCUGAAGCUGUUAGUGCAAGUAUUGGUGCAGCCCCAUCCGCACCAUCUAUUGCAGCUGCUUCAACCGUAGCUGCGGCUGCUUCAACUGCUGCUAUUGUAGCUGCUACUGCUACUAAUGGUAAUAUUUCAUCCAAUAAUUCAUCAUCAGCUAUCAAUACUCCUUCGUUAUCAAAUACUUCAUUGAGUUCUCCUUCAAAACUUCCUCCUGGUUUAUCCAACAUACAAAGAUCAAGUGAUACUGAGACUUUCAUUGACAGUAUACCUAAAUUAUCACAAUUAAGUCAAUCUAGAUUAUCGAAUCCUUUACCUUUCAGAUCCAUUAGUACAUUAUUGGAUCAAUCAUUGUUCAAUAGUCCAGAUUCUUUUGAUGCUGAAAGACCAAGAGAAUAUAAUCCUUUAAAUGUUCACCCUUCAUCGAUAGAUUAUCCUCAAGAACCAAUGUAUGAAUUGAAUUCCAGUAACAUUGUGGCUAAAUUUGAUAAUGACACUUUAUUUUAUUGCUUCUACUAUGGUAAUAACUUAUCUAAAUAUAAUGCUUCCAAAGAAUUAAUCAAAAGAGGUUGGUUAUAUAAUACUAACCUCAACCAAUGGAUAUUGAGAGAUGACAAAUCCAAUGAUUUCAAAUAUUUCGAUUAUGAAAAAGCUUGGUUGACUAGAAGAAAGGAAAUCCAAUUCAACCCUUCACAUAUAGAAUCCUUUAUAUAG